AUGGAGCCGGAUAAGCCGAGCAAGUGGCACCACGCGAUCGUCGUCCUGGCCGUCCUUUCCAUCGGCAUGGUCUCUCUCCUGGGCACGGUUUCUUGGAGGACAAGUGGAGGAUGGAGCGGCGACUCGAUAAUUCCAUCUUGUGGGGACUCGGUGCUGGAGGCAGAGAGUCGAGGAUGCCACUACGAUGUCAUGAUGGGGGCGUGGCUGCCCGAAGAAUGCUUCGACCGCGAGUUCUCCGAGUCCCUGUCGCCACUCGAGGACGGACGCUGGUUCUGGGACCCGAAUCUCACCAAGCCCAUGAGCAAAGACGAGUUGGCCGGAGGAGAGUACGUCUCUGCCUUCUCGCAUCCGGAAUUUCACCUGAGACAUUGCACCUACAUGUUCAUGAAACUCGUACGGGCCUACGAGAAGGGUUGGAAGAUGGUCGACGGGGACUCGAUGGAACUGAAGCAUCGGGAGCAUUGUGCCAAGCUAUUGAGAGAUCCGUACGGCUUUGACACGGGGCACCCGGGGCUUGUGGCGUAUAGUCGUGUUGACGUGUCAUUUAUGAGGUGUGCGAGAGUUGGUCGGUGA